UCCAACCUCCCUCAAGUGAUAUUAUCAAAAUCUGGUUAUACUGGCAUUCACCUCACUUGCUGCUAAAUAUCCCUGAGGCUCGACCUGAUGGUAAAAGCUGCCGAGCAGCAAAUUCUGUGGGAGGAUACGAUUCUGCGCUGGAAAGUUUUCAACCUCCUGGCAGGAUACGACAAUCACAGCUACUGAGCUUGGGGUUGGUGAACUGUCGCCUGUGUGGGAUCCUGUUCAAAUAACAACUGAAAUCGGCAAGGAUGCCCGGAGGCAUGGUACAUUGGGGAAACCAAGCAAAGGCUACGACAACGGAUGAAUGGGCACCGCACAACAAUCAACAGACAGGAGGGUUCCCUCCCAAUUGGGGAACACUUCAGGACAUUCAACUUCGGACCUUCGGGUGACCAUCCUCCAAGGUGGACUUCAGGACAGGCAGCGGGGAAAGUGGCCGAGCAGAGGCUGAUAGCUAAGUUCGGUACCAUAGGGAGGGCCUCAACUGGGACCUUGGGUUCAUGUCACAUUACAGGUGUUGGGGGAUUCUGAACACGGGUAUCUUGCUAUGCCAAAAUGCAGUGCCGGAAGAAUUUACUGAUCAGAUUAAAAUGGACUUUAAUAGAAUACAAGCCCUCCAGCAUUGUUGUCCCCCUCCCAGGGUCCAGGAACACGGGAUCUGCUGGAGUUCAGUGUUUCCGGGCCAGGAGCUCGAAGCAGCUGUUCAGGCCGAUGACCAGGAGUCUUUGUUGCUUCGGGAGGCCUGGUUUCUUGCAGUGUCCUCAGUACGGGGUUCAGCACAGCAGGUCGCUGAGUACUGGCGCUACUCAAGUUGACUCUAUUGAGCUACACCGGAAGAGACUGCGGGCUUGGUUCAGUCACAUGCCCAACGAGGAGAUGAAGUUUGGUUCAUUCUCGAUAGAUAACUGGCAUAUUGAUCCUGUCAUUGCUGAAAGUUCCCCCAAAGAGAACAGGGAGCUCACGUCAAGAUUGGGUGUCUACAGUCACAUUGAACCUGAGAAAUCCCGGGUCCUCAAGGCUAAUCAGAUGUUCUCCUCCCUUUCUGAUACAUCUGCCCCAGCAAAGAAUGUGCUUCUGUAUGGCAUGGUGGGAAUGGGCAAGAGCACGGUGGUUAAUAAACUGGUCUUGGAUUGGUGUGACGGGCGACUCGAUCAGUUCGACCUAAUCCUGCCCUUCUCCUGUGAAGAUCUGUCCUCACAGAAUCAAUCCGCAUCCCUGAAUAAAUUAAUCGUUCGCAAGUACACCCAGCUGAGGUCCAUUUUGCCUCAGAUUUGGUCUGGGAAACUUGGGAAAGUGCUUUUGGUAUUCUCUGACCUGGAGCAGCUUAAACUUGACUUCCGUCUCUCGAAGACUGAGCUCUGCAAUGAUCCGAACGAGCCCCUGCCUCCCAGCAGCCUGCUGGUCAACCUGCUCCGAAAUUACCUGAUCCCAGAUGCCAACAUCCUCGUCACCACCCUGCCAUCGGAUGUGGACUCAGUCCCGAGCAGGUACGUGGACAGGUAUGUCCGUAUCUGCGGCUUCACUGAUGUGGAGCAGCAGCACCAGUACUUCAGGAGGAGACUGAACCUGUCUCCCUAUGAUACAGCCAGCGAGAAUUUGAUGAAGAUGCUGUACAAGAAUCUCCAGAGACAAAGCCAGCUCACAGCUGACUGCUUUCUGCCGUCUUACUGUUGGAUCAUCUGUGCGAACUUGCACUUCCUCCAUUUCACCACGGCUGACAUGCCCAUUCAGAACCUCACUGGCCUCUACAGCAGCUUCCUGACCCUAAAUUUUGGCGGUCAAAUUGUAGAUGCCAGCAGCCAGCAGAACAUCUCAAUCGUGCGGUAUAUUGCCAAGACAGUUGGCAAACUGGCCUACGAGGGGAUAGAAAAGAAGAAAAUGCUCUUCAGUGAAGAAGACUUACAGAACUGCUUUGAACUGCACACCAAGACAGAGGGAGAGUUGAAUCAGUUAACUGCCUUUCAGACAGAUGUGUUGGGGUUUUUCAUGUCUCCCACUGCCCAGCACCACACUGAACCACUCCUUAGGUUCACUGUACCCGCAAUGCAGGAAUAUCUGGCUGCACUGUAUGUUGUUCUGGGAGAGAAAAAGACUGUCUUGGAGCGAGUGGGAAACGUGGUGUCGGAGACCAUUGGAAAAGCCAGUGAGGACGUGACAGCAAUUUUGGCCAUUGUGUCGAAACUUGUGCCAUUCCGAAUCAUAACGCUACUGAGACUUGUGAACAUUUUCCCACGGAUCUUUGGAAAGAUUAACACCAAGAGCAAGAAGGCCAUUGCAAACACCAUGGUCUUUGAAAUGUUCAAAGAAGACGAUGAGUUGAACAACGAUGUUUUAGAGCAAAUAAAUGAGAGCAUUCUUGGGAAAGAGGUGGGGGUGAGCAACCCACCAGCUGGUGACAGAACAAGCACUCAAUGCUUUGAACUCUUCCCAAUGUUCAUGGCUGGGUUACUGGCCCAGAGCAACCGGCUUUUGUUGGAGAAACUCGGCUGCACGAUAAAGAAUGUAACUGUGCGCGAAAUAUCCAACAGUCUGAAGAAACAUCUCAGCAAAGUCACCAUAGAGAAGCUGCCUCCCUCUGAGCUCAUGGAUCUUCUGUUGUUCCUGUAUGAGUUACAGAAUGAAGUGUUUGCCAGGGAGGUCUGCAAGGCUUUCCAAAGCUUGACUUUGUCCCAAGUUAAGAUGACCACGUUGAAAUGUUUUGUGAUUGCCUCGAUAAUGAACACCACUGACCACCCGAUUGAUGUGAUGAACCUCAGUUUGUGCAACUUAAGUGAAGACUGUUUGAAAAUCCUGCGGCCAGUUCUCCUCCGCUGCAAGAAUUUAAAUCUGCAGUUUAAUAAUCUAGGACUUGGCGCAUGGCAGGAAGUUAGCCGUUUGUUACAGGACCCGAACUGUACAGUUCAGAACUUGUGGCUUUGUGAUAAUGUUUUGUCUGAGGCUGCGGUUAAUUGUAUUGGACCUGCCAUCGCUCGCAACAGUUCAGUGACUCAGUUAUCACUGCUUCACACGUCCCUGGGAGACCAGGGAGUGAAGGUGCUUACACCGUACAUCCGAGAGAACGCACGGCUGAAAGACCUCAACCUAGCCAGUAAUGACAUCAGUGAGGAGGCUGCCGUCACCUUUGUGGAGAUGAUCAAGAAACAUCCAACGUUAGAAACACUCCACCUGUAUUUAAAUGAGAUCAGUGACAGCGGGAAGAAGGAACUGCACGCACUCAGUCGGGAGCAGGACGGGGUGAAAGUUCUGGCUUCAAUCACAGAUGGCUCCAACAUCUCGGCCUACUGGACACUGAUCCUGAAGAACGUCACGCGAAACGCCACCAACAGGGACCAGGAGCACAUGGCGAACUACCUGACACUGUUUCAGAACGAGCUGAAGUUCAGUCGCCAGCAGGUCCGAAACCCUUGGAAAAAGCUCAGAAUUCUGCGGGUGGAACAUCGAGUCGAGAAACUGCUGAGAAACGUCCAACAAGGGAAGUAGCAGCCAGCACCGCUACUGUUUCAGUGUCAACAAUGAUUGUUCCUUUGGUGGUAUCCCACUGGUGGACUGUUGUGUGACACUUGUGUGAGCUGAUCACAGGCAGAGAGCAAGGUUGUUGCCUUGUUAGGUUUAGACCUUGAUUCCUGUUAGGUUCUGGGGAAUGUCUUGUCAAACUCCUGUAUGAUGUUGCAAUCACCCUUCGCUAGGUUAUGGAGGGAGAGAUCAGAGGCACAGAUCAGCUACAGCUCAGGGAUCCUGAAUGGACAACUGUCUCCCUUGUCCAGCCGAGGGAAAACGAGGCAAACACUCCCAAACGCUGGAGGUAGAUCUUUAAAUUGACUCAAUCCUGCCAUUGGGAUUGAGGGUUUCUCUAAAUGACUCGCAAGUGACCAGUUGGAUGUUGAAAAUCUCCCUGCACCCUCAGGAAUAUUCUAGAAAUUUCAGGAAAUAAAGAUUUAUCUUCGCUGCCAGCAAAACAAAACUCAGUGAACAUGAGCAAUAAAUUGUUUCUUUCCAUUUUUUAACAAAAAUGCUGCUUUUUAUUAGUUGUAAAAAUAUUAAAGAGUGUGGGGGAGAUGAGGCUGGAGACCAUUAGUUAUGUAGUGAAAGCCCCAGGAAUAUGUCUAACCAGAGAUGGCAACCAUUUCUUUUGAUAUCUGUUCAAUGCUGGGUGUUUAAUAAAGACUUGCAUUAUGUAGCACAUUUUGCAGUCACUAGAUUCCUCAAAGUGCUUUACACUCAAUACUUUCUGACCCACUCAAAGUUGUAACUAGCAUCAGCUCAUUUGCUCAGCAGAACCAAGCAGCCAUGACCAGGACUCCGGGAUCUCUUAUUUUAAAGGAAUGUCAACUGAGGGAUAAACCCUGGCCAGGACACCAGGCAUAAUUCCCGGCUCCUCCUCAAUAAAACCAUGGGAUUUUUCACAUCUCCCCAAGCAGAUAAUGGGGCCUUACCCUGUUCUGAUUGAUCUCCCUGAGUACUGCACUGCACUGUAUUGGAGCGUUGUGUGGAUGGGGAGGUGAUGGUUUAGUGGAUUAUCGCUGAACUGUUAAUCCAGAGACUCAGGUAAAUUUCUGGGACCCAGGUUCAAAUCCUGCCAGAGUAGAUGGUGGAAUUUGAAUUCUGUAAAAAUCUGGAAUUAAGGGUCUAAUGAUGAUUAUUAGUUCAUUAUUGAUGAUGGGACAACCCUGUCUGGUUCAGUAAUGUCCUUUAGGACAUCCUCACCUGGUCUGACCUCCAGUGACUCCAGCAACAUGGCUGACUCUAACAGCUCUCUGUGCAAUUAGGGACGGGGAGUAAGUGCUGGCCUAGCCAGCGAUGCCCACAACCCAUGAAUAAAUAUACCCUCCUGUGGGGUGUAGAAGGUUCCAUUUCCAGUGAGAGCCUCAGUUGCCUCGACAGGAAGAUGAGUUGGUAUAUGAUCACAGUUUGAGCAAUUUAGGUUUAUAAUCACUCAAGUUUGGAAGAAUGAUUUAAUUGAGAUAUUUAAGAUUCUAAAGGAGAUUGACAAAGGUGGCUCAGUGGUUAGCACUACUGCUUCACGGUCCCAGGUUCGAUUCCAGCCUUGGGUGAAUGUGCAAAUUCCACACAGGCAUUCUCCCUGUGUCUGCGUGGGUUUCCUCCCACAGUCACAAAGAUGUGCAGGUCAGGUGA